AUGCCCAACGAGGUGGAGGACCAUAGUGCCGAUUUGUCGGACCAUCUGUCUGAUAAUGAGGAAGAGAACGAGUCCCCCAACAAGGACGACGACAACAUGACUGAUACCAAGAAGAAGUAUGAUCCAAAGGAUCCCCAGCGACCAAGGAGAAAGAAGGCUCGCAGGGCCUGUUUUGCGUGCCAAAGGGCUCACUUGACAUGCGGUGAUGAGCGGCCGUGUAAGCGCUGUAUCAAACGAGGGUUGGCCGACGCUUGCCAAGACGGCGUGCGUAAGAAGGCCAAAUAUCUUCAUGACGCGCCGCCUGAAGCCCUCCGGCCUGUAUUGGGACCCAACUAUGAUCCAGAAGCCGAGCGUGUUCGGACCAAUGGCCAACGCCAAAACUCGACUCAUUCCGACACUGUAUCGCCGGUGACUGGAGGCAAUGGCUUCCUUGCCCCGGGCAAUGGGCCGUCGUUUCCCGUCUUCUCAGCCGCGAACCAGCCGCAAGUAGGCAUGCCAGACAGCCUACCGUUCAAUGCGCAAGCAACAUCGGCCUUUCAGACCAGUCCAGCAGCGACUGCACCUCAAAUGGACAAUAUGAUGCAAGGGAACUCGAUGGACUUCAACGCCUUGUUCGACCCCAGCAACCCUGCGUUGUACAACUUUGACCUGGAGGGCCUCAACUUCGGCAGUCAGUACGCCGGGUGGGAGUUUGGCAUCCUGAAUAAGAUGGGCCUGGCGGCAGAAACUCCGCCGCGGGAGAACUCCAUCUCAGCGACGCCAACAACCGAGGCCAACUAUGCCUCCUUGUUUGGCAAUGGCCCCAACCAGCCUUUUGAUACCAUGAUGACUGGGAGCGACUACUCCGGAGUUGACUCCACCACUUCCAUCUACACCCAAGGCAAUCUGCAGCACGGAUUGCCACAUGCAUAUGCUAUUGCGGCAGGCCCAAACAGUCUUGCCAGCCCCAGCACAGAUGCCACUGCGAGUCCACAGGCAGCCCUCGACGGGUCGCCGCACACAGCAUUCAACCACUUGCCGGGCGUGGCGAGUGCAGGCAGGAUGAAGCCUAAGCAGGACAAGAUGUCCCAAAUCCUGAUUGGCAAGAGACGAGACUCUGCUUCCGUUUAUGCCAAUGUUAAGGAACCCUAUCCCUACACCGCUGGGUUCCACAACAUGAUUUCGGUUAUCAAGCACCGCCUGCCAGUAAACAAACUUGUCAUGAUUGCGAGAUCAUUGGGAGAAAUUCGUCCCUCCUUUAUCGCAUGUACCAAGGACCUGACGAGGGAAGAUUUGUUGUUCAUGGAGAAGUGUUUCCAACGCACCCUCUUUGAGUUUGACGACUUUCUGCAACACUGCUGCGCGCCGACAAUUGUGUGUCGACGCUCUGGAGAGAUUGCUGCCGUCAACAAGGAGUUUACAGCUCUCACGGGUUGGACGAAAAAUGUGUUGCUAGGCAAGGAGGCGAACCGAAAUGUCUUUGUCGGACCAACACCAUAUGGGUCGGACGACGGGACUGACGGCAGCACACGGCCUGAUGCCACAACGCCGCAUCUCAAAAAUGCCACUCUUGAACCGAGUGGUGAAAGACCUCAGCCUGUUUUCCUGGCAGAGCUACUAGACGACGACAGCGUUGUUCAAUUCUACCGCGACUUUGCUCAACUUGCCUUUGAAGACAGUCGGGGCAAGGUUCAAAGAAGCUGCAGCCUGAACAAAUACCGGACACAAGACAUGUUGGACGGUAAGGAGACGCCGACGCACAGAGACCGGACGGGUAUCCUGAGCAGCCGUGUCACCAAGAUUGACAGUGAGCAUGGCAUCUCGCGGAUUGAAAAGGACGGCAAGGUCAACUGCACAUAUUGCUGGACAAUAAAGCGGGAUGUAUUCGAUAUUCCCAUGAUGAUCAUAAUGAACUUUCUGCCACGGUAUUAUCCUAACCAGGAGCCACACCAGCUUGCUGUAUAG